AUAUUAAAAAAAAAAAAAAAAGAUUUACGUACGAUCUCGUGACCCCUUUCCCUUCCGAUCUGUCUCCUGAAGGCCCCAAAUCGAGAGGUAAACUCUACUUCGCCUCCAUUUUUCUUCAACUCUCAAAUUCCAUUCUGCUGGACUUCUCUUCCAGAUCUCAACUGAUCUUUAACACACGGAUUCAUAUUAUUCGUUUUCUGUGAUUGUUGCCCAUAGAGGGAAGCAGAAAUGGGGCUGACCUUCACGAAGCUCUUCAGCAGCCUCUUUUCUAAGAAAGAGAUGCGCAUUUUGAUGGUGGGUCUUGAUGCUGCUGGUAAAACCACGAUCUUAUACAAGUUAAAGCUCGGAGAAAUUGUUACCACCAUCCCCACUAUCGGAUUUAAUGUGGAGACUGUAGAGUACAAGAACAUCAGCUUUACCGUUUGGGAUGUUGGUGGUCAGGACAAGAUCCGUCCACUUUGGAGGCACUAUUUCCAGAAUACACAAGGCCUUAUUUUUGUUGUGGAUAGCAAUGAUAGGGACCGAGCUGUUGAGGCAAGAGAUGAGUUGCACAGGAUGUUGAAUGAGGAUGAGCUUAGAGAUGCUGUUUUGCUUGUAUUCGCUAACAAGCAAGAUCUUCCUAAUGCCAUGAAUGCUGCAGAAAUAACAGACAAGCUUGGUCUUCACUCUCUUCGUCAACGCCACUGGUACAUUCAGAGCACAUGUGCGACAUCGGGAGAGGGCCUGUACGAAGGUCUCGACUGGCUUUCCAACAACAUUGCUAGCAAGGCUUGAAGCGGUAAAUGAUUUUGAUGGUUGUUCAGGCAUUUGUUCAGAGUUUUUGUUAUUCUGGGACGGAUAGUUUCAUUUGAUUUCAGUGAUUAUCUUAGUUGGGAAACAUUUGGCUAUACCUUAAAAUGUACUCUUAAGUUGUUAAUGGCUGAUUUAAGCGGAUAGACUCCUUAGCUCCUUAGCUUCUUAGCUCCUAGAAGUCCAUUAUUGUACUGUUUUCCAGUUAAUAUCAACUCCUAUUUUUAUCCGUUCAAUUUGAUUAUGAACAAUGUUUGUUGUGCCA